UCAACCCUAGGCUAGCUUGUACCAAUGUAUUUAAAAAGGAGUUUAAACGUAAGAUAUUCUUUAAAUUUUGCAACGGUUUUGAUUCAUACAUUUCCCAUUCCAAGCUAAAGUUACAUUCAUAAGCUAAAUUCUAGCUACCCAAGCCUUUCUUUUAGCGUUUUUCCUUAACUACUAUGCUGCCCUCUGCUAAAAACUGAAAAAAAAUGCUUAAAAAACCCUCGAAAAUUUACGACCAAGCCUUAUGGCCAAAGUCGUCGCAAUGAACGAACAUGCCUCUAUGACUCUGAUUCUGAUAGAACCAAUUGUCGAAUUGUGGACUUGUGGUUGUGGCCGACGCAAGGCAACGCUGUCAUUUUCAAACUCAUGUUUUGACCAACAAUAUAUGGCGGACUGCCUCAGCUGUUUAAAUUAACCGUUAAAUCUCUUAGAUUUCUAGUGUAAAAUUCAUGUCUUCUCCCAUUUCUGACAUACCUCUGUUAUUGUUUUUCAUUUACGACGUGGAAAAAUCAAUAUCCGAAUCGGACGACCCAUUGGAAUCCAUUCUCUAUUUUCACCCCAAUAGCGAGCCAGGUAAUAUUGAGAGAAGAAUCAGUGUUGUGGGACAGAUCGUAGGGACAGCAUUGUGUGUUAAGCAACUUCUUUCUGUACCUAAGCUUAUAACCCUAGAAAGGGGAAAGUUUGCAUUAAGUUGGAGUGGGAGGUUUAUACUGGUUGUCGGAUCUCCUCAAUCAGUUUCUACUCACAUUAUCCAUAAUCAAAGGGACUUCAUUCACCGGUUGUUAGGUGGGAAAUUUGGAGAAUUAUCUGAAUUUUUUGAGGCAUCCAAAGCAGGUACUUAUGAAGGAUUCAGAGUGCAAAUUCAGCAUUUUUGUGAUUCACAACUGGCAACAAUAAGUAAAAAGUGGGCUGAAUUAGCUAGUCAGCCAACUUUGUAACUAAUCCUAAAAUGAAAAAGCCACCGUAUUUGUCUAGUAAGAAGUGGAACAAAAAGUUUAAAAAAAAUGUUAAAAAAUUCCAAAA